AAUUAGUUCACUUCCGUUCAGGCAAUUAGCCGAUAAACAACAGAGGUAGAGAGUGAGCCUCCGUAAUUGCCACGAUGAGAUUCCUCCUGUCGAUUUCGGUUCUGGUGCUCACCUUCGGAGUGCUGAUAUAUGCUGACAGCAGCCAGUGGGGCCGCCGACUUGCAGGUGAUCGUCUCCUGAACCGCACCGUCGUCGUAAACAAUUCGCUUCCUGUUGCGGUCAAGAGUACCGUUUUCCAAUAUCUGCCACCGGUGGAAACGGCCAGGCCACCGAACGUGACCUACAUCGCGGCCCGGGAUAAUCUGAAAGCCGGUUCCGGUGGUUUCGCGGCGCUCAUCUCGGGCGGUAUCAAUCAGACACAUGCCACCCUCAGGCUCAGCUCGCGGCCCUAUUUGGGGUUCAACUUCACGGUGGAGAUUUAUGGCAAAUAAACCGAACGGCCCAAGCGGCAGCUGCGAAACGUAGGAAAGAACGGCCCACCGUUUCCUUAGGGGAAGCCGUCAUCGUGUCGAAAUGAGUUGUGCGAAAUAAAAGGUGAAAGCGUUUCGUUUCAAUUGUUGUUUGGAUUCUACUAGCAGAAGGAUCGUAAAAUAAAACAAACGUGGUAUUGCUCCAUUAAA